CCCGAGGAGUCAGAUAUCCUGGAUUCAGAUCCUGCCUCUAUCCCUUCUUGGCUGUGCGAUCUUGAACGAGUUACUUAGCCUCCCUGUUCCCUGGCUCUUCACCUGUCAAAUGGAGUUAAGAGCAGGACUGCGCCGUAGAUUAUCGUGAAGACCCAGGAUUUGACCCUCUGGAGCAUGAAUACCAAGCUAUUCAGUUCUGGGCUGUGUUAGCAGGCCCCUCAAGGGAAGUGCAAUGGCCACCGCGGCAGCAGCAGCGUCUCACCUGAACCUGGACGCCCUCCGGGAAGUGCUGGAAUGCCCCAUCUGCAUGGAGUCCUUCACAGAGGAGCAGUUGCGGCCCAAGCUCCUGCACUGUGGCCAUACCAUCUGCCGCCAGUGCCUGGAGAAGCUCCUGGCCAGUAGCAUCAAUGGUGUCCGCUGUCCCUUUUGCAGCAAGAUUACCCGCAUCACCAGCCUCACCCAGCUGACAGACAACCUGACGGUGCUGAAGAUCAUUGACACCGCUGGGCUGAGUGAGGCUGUGGGGCUGCUCAUGUGCCGGUCCUGUGGGCGGCGGCUGCCCAGGCAGUUCUGCAGGAGCUGCGGUGUGGUGCUGUGUGAGCCCUGUCGGGAGGCGGACCACCAGCCCCCCAGCCACUGUACACUCCCUGUCAAAGAGGCAGCUGAGGAGCGGCGUCAGGACUUCGGAGAGAAGCUGGCCCGUCUGCGGGAGCUGAUGGGGGAGCUGCAGCGGCGGAAGGUGGCCUUGGAAGGGGUCUCCAAGGACCUUCAGGCAAGGUAUAAAGCGGUUCUCCAGGAGUAUGGGCACGAGGAGCGCAGGGUCCAGGAAGAGCUGGCUCGCUCUCGCAAGUUCUUCACAGGCUCUUUGGCUGAGGUUGAGAAGUCCAACAGCCAAGUGGUAGAGGAGCAGAGUUACCUGCUUAACAUUGCAGAGGUGCAGGCGGUGUCUCGCUGUGACUACUUCCUGGCCAAGAUCAAGCAGGCCGAUGUAGCACUACUGGAGGAGACAGCGGAUGAGGAGGAGCCGGAGCUCACGGCCAGCCUGCCCCGGGAGCUCACCCUACAGGAUGUGGAGCUGCUUAAGGUGGGCCAUGUCGGCCCCCUCCAAAUCGGGCAGGCUGUUAAAAAGCCCCGGACAGUCAACAUGGAAGAUUCCUGGGCCAUGGAGGCUGCAGCCUCUGCUGCCUCUACCUCCGUUACGUUCAGAGAGAUGGACAUGAGCCCCGAGGAAGUGGCUGCCAGCCCCCGGGCCUCACCUGCUAAGCAGCGGGGUGCCGAGCCAGCCGCCAAUAUGCAGCAGUGCCUCUUCCUCAAGAAGAUGGGGGCCAAGGGCAGCACUCCAGGCAUGUUCAACCUUCCGGUCAGUCUCUACGUGACCAGUCAAGGCGAGGUGCUGGUUGCUGACCGGGGCAACUACCGUAUACAAGUCUUUACUCGGAAAGGCUUUUUGAAGGAGAUCCGCCGCAGCCCUAGUGGCAUCGACAGCUUCGUGCUGAGCUUCCUUGGCGCCGAUCUGCCCAAUCUCACUCCUCUCUCAGUGGCCAUGAACUGCCAAGGACUGAUCGGUGUAACCGACAGCUAUGACAACUCCCUCAAGGUGUAUACCCUGGAUGGCCACUGCGUGGCCUGUCACAGGAGCCAGCUGAGCAAACCCUGGGGCAUCACGGCCCUUCCGUCCGGCCAGUUUGUGGUAACUGACGUGGAGGGCGGAAAGCUCUGGUGCUUCACCGUUGACCGAGGAGCAGGGGUGGUCAAAUACAGCUGCCUCUGUAGCGCCGUGCGGCCCAAGUUUGUCACCUGUGACGCGGAGGGCACCGUCUACUUCACCCAGGGCUUGGGCCUCAAUCUGGAGAAUCGGCAGAAUGAGCACCACCUGGAGGGCGGCUUCUCCAUCGGCUCCGUGGGCCCCGAUGGCCAGCUGGGUCGCCAGAUCAGCCACUUCUUCUCAGAGAAUGAGGAUUUCCGCUGCAUCGCCGGCAUGUGUGUGGAUGCUCGUGGUGACCUCAUCGUGGCUGACAGUAGUCGAAAGGAAAUUCUCCACUUUCCCAAGGGUGGGGGCUAUAGCGUCCUCAUUCGAGAGGGGCUCACGUGUCCGGUGGGCAUCGCCCUCACUCCUAAAGGGCAGCUCCUGGUCUUGGACUGUUGGGAUCACUGCAUCAAGAUUUACAGCUACCAUCUGAGAAGAUACUCUACCCCUUAGGGGAUAAGAGAGAACAAUUUCUUCUGCUUCCCAGCCAGCCUCCUUCCCCUUAUCCCUCGGUUAUUAGUGAUACUGUAGAGUGCACUGGGCCUGUGUCUUUAUUCCCGCUGGCUAGUCCUAGAAUUUUAGAAGCUGUCUUUUAGUGGGUGGGUUUUUUUUUGUUGUUGUUGCUGUUGUUUUGCAUUAUUUCCCUCCUAAAUUUAGAGUUUGAACAGAUGUAUUUCCCCAAACAGGACAUCUGAUAUGGGGUUAGCUGAAGUUUGAUUAGAACUUAGGCACUUCUGAGGCUUCAGUAGAGAGCCUUUUGCCCCCGUGUUUGGAAUUUGCCCUUGUACUGAAUCCUUGUUGAUUUCCCUCUUUUGGCUUGGCUAACCCUGGUCUCGUAUUUCCCUCUUACUAUAAUGCACUUCAUACGUGACACUUUCUCUUCGAUUCUGCUGCAUUUAGUGUGCAAGCUCCAGUGGGAUCUGCUCCGCCUUUCGUUUUAGACAUCAUAUCCCUGUGGCAUGAUGUCGCCGGUCUCUCGUCACCUUUAUCAGAGUGGAAGCUCAUUCAUUCAGUGCCAUCAAGGGAGACCUGCAGUCCUUUUGGGAAGCAGUCCGUCUUGGUUCUGGGGGUUUUGUGCCAUCUUGGAUCGGUCUCUAAUUGCAGAUGUGACAGAGAAUGGAUUGACCCUAGUUGGUUGAUGUUGAAGACUUUAGCCUGGAAAGUGCUUGCCUUUUCCAGCAGCGUAUAGAUUGGAAUUAUUUCAAAGCACAGAACGAUGCGAAUAAACGAAAACAAAUGCUAUAACCUAGUCAGUUAAUACUCUUGGAUAGUUUCUAGAGCUCAUCGUUUUUCAUAUUACCUCUCUCCACUGGCCUCUGCCAAGAGUUGUCUGCAGAACUGCGCAACACAGGCCAGGGUCCACCAAGUGGGGAGGUGGACACAUCUCAUUUUCAUUAGAACUGUUCGGUCUUUAUUCUGUAUUUUCCUCAAGUGACUGCCUAAUACUUGGUUUUGAGAUUUAUUUCCAUUUCUCCAUCAAGAAUUAAAUAAUUGAUAACUGUUUCUUCA